GUUCAGCUUCCUGCUGUCUGACUGAAGAGCUGCUGCUGGAGAUGGAGGAGAGCCGGCACAAGCUGCAAAACAAACCUGUGCGCGUCAUUGCUGCAAUCGGCAACAACAUGGGGAUUGGGAAGGAUGGUACCCUGCCCUGGAGUUUACCAUCUGAAUCUCAGUACUUUCUGAACACCAUCUCGAGAGUGUCACGACCAGGUAACAUGAAUUUGAUGAUUUGGGGUCGGCUGUGUUGGAAUUCUCAACCGGAAAACAUGUUACCACUGUCCAACUCUCUGCAUGUAGUGCUCAGUAAAACACUUAGCACAGUCCCAGAUCAGGCUCACUUCUUGUGCCAAGACUUUGAGAGCGCCGUCCGGCUGGCAGCUGAACCCCCCCUCGCAGGUAUAAUAGAGACCAUCUGGGUUCUUGGUGGAACACAGGUCUACGAGGAUGCCUUGAACCACCCGUGGUGUGACCUGCUCUACCUGACAGACGUGAUGGCCGACUUUGACUGUGACGUUUUCUUUCCAGAGUUUGACAGGAAGUUAUUUAAGUUACAGGACAGGUUUCCUGACGUGCCAAGUGAGAUUCAAGAGGAGAACGGCAUCAAGUUUAAAUUUGAAGUUUUCAAAAAAGAAAAUGCUGCUGCUAUUUAAAUAUUAACGACACAACAAAUGGACAUAAGCCAAAGAUUAAAAAGUUUAAAAAGUAAUAUGACAGUGGAGAUUUUACCUAAAAACACAAAAAUGUGUGUUCUGGGUUUAAAAAAAAACAAUA